CUUCCUGUGGCACCAAAGCCACAAAAUAAAGAAGGAUGUUCUUGUGGAAUGAGUAUCUGCAUACUGCUUUGACUGCUUUCUCCAGACACUUGGUGAGUAGAGCACUAAACAGGGUUGAGCUCCCGUUUACCAUGGUCUCUCAGGGUAAAGGAACCCUCAGGUUAAUGGUGCUUCUUCAGCAUGAGCAAGGGCUUAAAGUCAAGGAAAAUAAAACCUGGUUCAUCAAACUGCUUCAGCUCCUCCAUUUCCUCUUUCUCUAGUAUAAUCUGAAAACUCCCAUAGAUCUGAAGUAUCUUUUGCCUGUAUUUACAUCAAAUGUUGAGUCUUAGUUUUUCUGGUUCAUUUGUUUCCCUGGAGGUCAUUGGAAAAGUCUUGCCUGUUGGCAGCAGGUCCACCUUGGCCCCUGGAGCCCUACCUCCACUAGUUUGUUCUGCAUGCCAGUGUGGCCAGCUCACAAGGCCAUGGCGAACUUGCGGUUUUUCUGUUCCUGCUUGUCCGUCUGAGACAUAUGUAUCCCACGGGAAUGCCUUGACCUUUUCUGGUCUGAUGGACUUAUUGUUAAGGGAGGUUUCGGUACCUGACAAUAAUAGAUGUUGAAACUAAAUUUCUCCCCCCUCCCUCCUGCUUUUGGGUAGUUUUCCACUUCUGCUGCUUGGGGUAUAAAAAAAGGUGUGUUAGCAAUAAAGGGUAUUGACUCCUGGAUGAAGAACCUUGGUGUCCUGUGUGUCUUUUAACCUCGCCAUCCCUCGCCGGACUCGGCUCCCUUGGCCGGACGCGGAAAUUGGAGGUUCCCACCGAGAUCCGGAAAGCAGGGGAACUGAGAAGCCCAUUUGGAUCCCGGAGCGCUGCACCAGACCAGUGAAUGAAAAUUCAAGACAAAAUGAAGUUCCCAAGAUGGCUGAUCCUGCCGCUGUUGUUCUCACCCCUUCAAGUGAGUGCCGAGACACACCUCAUGAGCUGGACCCCGCUUGUGGCAUUCCUUCUGGACAGGUUUGCUGAAGGAGGGCUUGACCCCCCACCUGGGAAUAUUCAUGAAUAUCUUUUUGGAGCCCCUUGUGAGUGUAAGGGAGGGCCCCGGCACUCGGCCCCCUCUGGUUAUAUCCAGAGCAUUGAUUGUGGGACUAAAGUAGCCUAUAUGGCGGCUGAACUCAAUGAAAACAUCGAAAGAUUUAAGCAACCAAAAUGGGUAUGUGUUAAUAAGCCCGGACUUGUUGUCCCUAAUCCAACCGAGACUCUUGGAAGCUGUCCCGCCACUUGUCGUUACACCCCGGCAAUGCACAUAUCUUGUUAUACAUCAGACUCAAUUUGUGUUAAUAAUCAAGGAAAACAGUAUUUUGAGGCCAUCCUAACUAACACCCGUGGAGAAUGGGGGACCACUUAUAAUUAUAUUCCUUUUCUUGGUGACCGGGGAGGGGAAGGCAUCAUGACUCGGUUAACGGAGGCGGGAUGUGAGGGCGUCGUGGGUAAACCUUCCUGCUGGCCCAUGCAGGCCCCCAUCGGAGUCUCUGAUGGAGGGGGACCCACUGAUGCUAUCAAACACCUUCAGGUGAUUAAGCUUUUAAAGCCGGAGAUCCCUAAGCCUACAUACCACCCCUUGAUAUUGCCCAAAUCCCAGCUUCCUGAUUUAGAUGCCAAUACAUUAGAUAUCCUAGAAACUACCUUUUCUUUACUUAACAGUUCUAACCCUACCCUUGCUGGUGAUUGCUGGCUCUGCAUGACGACAGGUGCAGUCAUGCCAUUGGCGGUUCCCAUCAAUUAUACCAUUGAUGAUGACAACACAUGUCAAUCUGGGCUACCCUUUAAGGUGCAGCCUUUAGGUGGUUUUAUGUCAUGCCUUCUGGGCAUGAUGCAAAAUAAUACCUAUGAUGUUGAUGUUGGAGUCUCUUCCUUUGGGAACUGCUCAUUAGUAAAGAAUUACUCCUCACCUACUGCGCCCAUUUGUCCCCCUAAUGGUACAGUCUUUAUGUGUGGUGGAAAUUUAGCUUUUCCCAGGCUCCCAGAAAAUUGGACUGGUGGUUGCGUUCUGGCAUUACUACUUCCUGAUAUCACGAUUAUCUCAGGAGAUGAACCCCUACCCAUUCCUAGCCUAGACAUCUUAGUUAGAAGACACAAGAGAGCUGUUCAGGCCUUACCACUCCUUGUUGGCCUUGGAAUAACCGCUGCUGUGGGUACAGGCACGGCGGGAUUGGGUAUGGCUAUACAUUCUUACCGCCGCCUAUCUCAACAGCUUAUAGAUGAUGUGCAAACCCUGUCGGGAACCAUUAAAGACUUACAAGACCAGAUAGACUCUCUAGCAGAAGUAGUUCUUCAGAAUAGGCGGGGUUUAGACUUGCUUACUGCCAUUCAAGGGGGAAUUUGUUUAGCCCUUGGGGAGAGGUGCUGUUUUUAUGCUAACAAAUCUGGCAUAGUUCGCACAAAAAUUAAACAACUCCAAGAAGACCUAGAAAAAAGGAGGAGGGAAUUAUUUGAGAACCCUCUCUGGACUGGACUUAAUGGAUUUUUGCCUUAUCUUCUUCCCUUAUUGGGACCAUUGUUAGGCCUCCUUCUAGUAGUGGCAAUAGGACCCUGCAUUGUAAAUAAGAUAGUACAAUUCAUUAAGGAUCAAAUUAAUAUCUUAGCCUCUAAGCCAAUACAGGUUCACUAUCAACGCUUGAAGAUGGAUGAUCGCCUCUCUGAGAUAUACUUCAGACCGAUCCGAAGAUGAGUGUCCUCCUUAAAAGAAGAACUCCUGCCAUAUCUUUUCUCUAUGCAUACCUCUCCCUCUUGCCUUCCUGUACUAGGAUCUUUGCUGUCUAAUCUCUCGGUCCAAUCACAUCUGCCAUUCGGUGGUGACGGUCGUGGGUCCUGUAGGUGGAGACGGUUAAGCGUUUACCGCAAUAAUGUCUUGAUAGGUCAUAACACCUUGAGCUGAUCUUGUAGUUCCCAGUGACAGGCAACUUUAACGCUUGCUGUGCGACCUAAGCCAGGGAAUCGGGGCCUUCCCAGAGACGGGUAAGCAUUGCAAGGGCUGUGAACGACCUAAGACAGGGGCUACUUGAUUCCCACUGGCAUGCAAAAAACAAAAGAGGGGGACUUGUUGGCAGCAGGUCCACCUUGGCCCCUGGAGCCCUACCUCCACUAGUUUGUUCUGCAUGCCAGUGUGGCCAGCUCACAAGGCCAUGGCGAACUUGCGGUUUUUCUGUUCCUGCUUGUCCGUCUGAGACAUAUGUAUCCCACGGGAAUGCCUUGACUUUUUCUGGUCUGAUGGACUUAUUGUUAAGGGAGGUUUCGGUACCUGACAAUAAUAGAUGUUGAAACUAAAUUUCUCCCCCCUCCCUCCUGCUUUUGGGUAGUUUUCCACUUCUGCUGCUUGGGGUAUAAAAAAAGGUGUGUUAGCAAUAAAGGGUAUUGACUCCUG